CCCACGCCGACCACCACACCACAGCGACGCGCCCCCCGCACCCGCUGCGACUGGACUGGACUGGACUGGAGUGGAGCGCACUCCAGUGGAGACAGCUGCGGACCAGGCCCUCCGAUCCGCCCGCGCCCACGCCCGCCGCAGCCCCCUAUGGUCCCGCCGCCCGCCGGACCGCCUCGCCGCCGCACCAACCCGGUAAUAACAUGUUCAGUGCUCUGAAAGUUUCAGAGUCAUAAUUCCAAGUCAGCUCAAUGACCUCAUUUGGUGUCGCACCGGCAUCUGGGCUGAGAGAUGCUGGUGGUAGUAGUGAAGUAGAUAGAUUGCCGGAUGAAAUUAGUAAUAUGAGGAUAAGUGAUGAAAAGGAAGUAGAGGCAACAAUCAUCAAUGGGAAUGGAACAGAAGCUGGUCAUAUUAUAGUCACAACUAUCGGAGGCAGAGAUGGCCAAAGGAAGCAGACAAUAAGUUACAUGGCUGAACGUGUCAUUGGUCAAGGAUCAUUUGGUGUUGUGUUCCAGGCAAAAUGUUUGGAGACAAGUGAGACAGUAGCUAUCAAGAAGGUCCUUCAGGAUAAGAGAUACAAGAACCGUGAGUUGCAAAUGAUGCGUCUACUUGACCAUCCAAAUGUCGUCUCUCUGAAACACUGCUUCUUCUCAACCACUGAAAAGGAUGAACUCUUUCUGAAUCUUGUGCUUGAGUAUGUUCCUGAGACAGUCCACCGUGUCAUCAGACACUACAACAAGAUGAACCAACGCAUGCCACUGAUAUAUGUGAAACUAUAUUCUUAUCAGAUUUGUAGGGCACUGGCUUAUAUCCAUCGCACUGUUGGUGUUUGCCACAGGGACAUAAAACCACAGAAUCUUCUGGUUAACCCACACACUCAUCAGCUGAAGAUCUGUGAUUUUGGAAGUGCAAAAGUUCUGGUGAAAGGCGAACCCAAUAUAUCAUACAUCUGCUCUAGGUACUAUAGGGCACCAGAGCUUAUUUUUGGUGCUACUGAGUACACAACAGCAAUCGACAUCUGGUCUGCUGGAUGUGUUCUUGCUGAACUUCUGACAGGACAGCCUCUGUUUCCUGGUGAAAGUGGAGUUGAUCAACUUGUUGAAAUUAUCAAGAUUCUGGGCACACCUACAAGGGAAGAAAUCAAAUGUAUGAACCCGAACUACACAGAAUUCAAGUUUCCCCAAAUCAAGGCCCAUCCAUGGCAUAAGGUAUUCCACAAGCGAAUGCCGCCUGAAGCAGUGGACCUGGUCUCCAGGCUUCUUCAGUACUCACCGCACCUUCGGUCCUCAGCUCUGGACGCCCUGAUCCAUCCGUUCUUCGACGAGCUCCGGGACCCAAACACACGCCUCCCCAACGGCCGGUUCCUACCUCCCCUCUUCAACUUCAAGCCUCACGAGCUGAAGGGGCUUCCAAUGGAGAUUGCAAUGAAGCUGGUCCCCGAGCACGCGAGGAGCCAAUGCCCCUUCCUAGGGCUGUAGGGUCUGUCUUGUUGGCUACAUGUGCAUUGCUGUCUGUCAUGCUAGCGAAUAGCGCUCCUACGUCCUACCUAGAGACCAGGCGUUGGAACAACUGAACAUGAUCAUGUGGGUGGUGUCUUUGCUGUUGCUUUGGACGGUUUGCGUGUGGUCUUGAACUGCCAGGACAAAGAGUCCGAAUGACCGAGUAAGUGAGGAUUGCAGUAACAGAAACGCAGUAAUUAUGGCUAUGCUUUGAUGAAUUAUGUUGAAGACGAUGA